GCUCUUCAUUCCAAAUUGUUGAAUCACUUUCAUUCUCAAUUCUCACAAAUCCUAUUCCUAUGCCAUGAAUUCCUUCCGCUCCAAACCCGGCAACGCCCGAAUCCCCCGCCAGGGCUCCUCCUCCUCCGACACCCACCCCACGCCGCCCCCCGCCGCGCCCCCCGCCUUCCGCUUCCGCUCCCUCUCCAGCUGCGGCCACGCCCGCCCCUGCUCCUCCGCCCGCGCCGUCCAGCGCUCCGCCUCCGCGCGCUACGCCCGCCCAGGCGGCGAUGUGAUGCUGAACGACAUCGUGGGCAACGGCAUCUCCGGCAUCCUCCACAAGUGGGUGAACUACGGGCGCGGGUGGCGCCCCCGCUGGUUCGUCCUGAACGACGGCGUGCUCUCCUACUUCAAGAUCCACGGCCCCGACAAGCUCGUCCUCAACCGCGACGUGGAGUCCGCCUCCAAGGUCAUCGGCGAGGAGUCCCUCCGCCGCAUCAACAGCCACCGCCACAGCCCCUCCCGCAACCGCAAGCCCGUCAGCGAAAUCCACCUCAUGGUUUGUUCAGUGCGGGAGAACAAGUCAGAUGAGAGGAGGUUCUCGGUGUGUACGGGAACAAAGAAGAGGCUGCAUUUGAGGGCGGAGAGCAGGGAAGAUAGAGCGACGUGGGUGGAGGCAAUAAUGGCGGUGAAGGACAUGUAUCCUCGCUUGCCCAACGCUGAGAUCAUGUCACCCGUCGCCUCCGUCAUCAUCUCCACCGAGAGGUUGAAAGACCGUCUCUUACUCGAGGGUGUCAGCGAGGCUGCUAUUAAGGAAUGUGAGGAAAUCAUGCAAACCGAAUUCUCCCAGUUGCACAAACACAUUGUCGCUCUCAAGCAGAAGCAGUUGCUACUCAUGGACACAUUGCGCCAUCUAGAGGCAGAGAAGGUUGAGUUGGAGAAUGCACUCGUUGAAGACCAAAGGCAUUCAAAGGAUGGUGAUGAAGCAGAUCCCUAUCAAUCAACGCAAGAAAAGUACAGUGGAAGUGACGGUGAUUCUUCUGAUGGGCCCGAUAGGCUUGAUAACUCUGACGAUGAAGAGGACGCAUUCUUUGAUACAUGUGACAUUCUUUCAACAAGUUCUGACCAUCCCAGAUCCUGCCAUGAUUCAGAAUGUGAGGAGACUAAUCCAAAUGGGAUAGGCCAUGAAAAAUCAGCGAUUGGGUCUGUUGGAUUUAACUAUCCUGAAGUCAAGAGACGAAAGAAGUUGCCUGACCCUGUUGAGAAAGAGAGUAGCGUCAGCCUAUGGUCAAUCAUAAAAGACAACAUCGGGAAGGAUCUUACGAAAGUCUGUCUCCCUGUUUACUUUAACGAGCCUAUCUCCUCGUUGCAGAAAUGUUUUGAAGAUCUAGAGUACUCUUAUCUUCUAGACCAAGCAUAUGAAUGGGGUAAAAUGGGUAACAGUCUAAUGAGGAUGCUACAUGUGGCAGCAUUUGCAGUUUCUGGGUAUGCUAGCACCAAUGGUAGAAGUUGCAAACCAUUUAAUCCACUGUUGGGUGAGACAUAUGAAGCAGAUUAUCCAGACAAAGGAAUUCGCUUUAUCUCUGAGAAGGUCAGUCAUCACCCCAUGAUUGUUGCAUGCCAUUGUGAGGGCAGUGGCUGGAAAUUUUGGGGUGACAGCAAUUUAAAAAGUAAAUUUUGGGGUCGUUCAAUCCAGCUUGAUCCUAUUGGUAUAUUGACUGUAGAAUUUGAUGACGGGGAAGUCUUCCGUUGGAGCAAGGUAACCACUUCCAUUUACAACCUCAUUUUAGGGAAACUCUACUGUGACCAUUAUGGUACAAUGAGGGUGGACGGUAACCGUGAGCAUUUAUGUAAGAUCAAAUUCAAGGAGCAGUCGAUCAUUGAUAGAAACCCUCACCAGGUUAACGGCGUAGUGGAAGAUAAGAAAGGUAAAACAGUGGCAACUCUAUUUGGGAAGUGGGAUGAGAGUUUGCAUUACGUAAUUGGAGGGAAUUCUGGGAAAGGAAAAGGAUCCAAUCCGUCUUCAAAACCACAUCUUCUGUGGAAACGGAACCCUGCACCGGAGCACCAGACAAGAUAUAACCUCACACAAUUUGCUAUGACACUAAAUGAACUCACACCUGGACUAAAGGAGAAAUUGCCACCGACAGAUUCAAGGUUAAGACCUGAUCAAAGGUGUUUGGAGAAUGGACAGCAUGAAAUGGCCAACUCUGAGAAGUUACGGCUGGAACAAAGACAGCGCCAGGCACGGAAGAUGCAAGAGAAGGGAUGGAAAGCAAGUUGGUUUGCUAAGGAAAAAGGCAGCAAUACCUACCGUUAUGCUGGCGGGUACUGGGAGACCAGGGAAAAAGGGAACUGGGAAUCUUGUCCUGACAUUUUUGGUCAAUUCUCAACCGAUACUGAUUUUAACCCAACUCCAUAAAUUCUCAUCUCUUUUACCUGAGAUCCCUACCUACUUACUCCCCCUACCACCACAUCCCCUUGAUCAUAACAUAUAUAGUAUUCAUAACCAUAUUUAUGAUCUUCACUUUUUUCAGCAGUCAACAGAUAUGCUUGAUAAAUGCCUGUUGUGUAUAGGUAUGUACAGAACACAGUCUUCUUACCAUUUCCCAAUCCAACUGGCAACAACAGCAACUUUUCAAGCUGUCAGAUGCUCGUUUCAAAGUUGGGUUUAGGAUGGAGUGGAGCUUUGUAUGAAAGUCAUAGUUGGUAUACUAAUCAUUUAAAUGUUAUACAUUCUACAAUGUGGUAAAGGAGGAUAACUCAUUAAAUGAA